GCAGCGGCUGCCUCUGCGCAUGCUCACAACACACCUCCGGCAGGUAUGUGCGCUUGUACGGACUCUCCCGGUUAAUCAGACUCCAGCAUGAGGAGGCAGCAGGUUCGUGGAGACACCCACUGAUCCGAGGUUACUUUACCGACGCUCGACGGUCAGACUCGUCCGCAGCAGCUCGGAGACUCCGAGCGGUGCCAGAAUCGGAUCCGGAUCAAACUUUGUGAUUUUUGUUUACGCGCUGAGGCGGAGGAGACAGGAAACUUCAGCCGCUCCCGCAGGAGCUCCAAUCUGGAAUUUACGCACAGCUGGUGCGCACAGGCCAACUGUCUGGAAGAGUUAUGGGGGAACUGGGAAUCUGAACCCCAAUAGUCCGAGAGACUGGACUAACUGGACGCGAAUAUUUAAAUAUCUUCUUCAUCCUCUCAGCUUCAGGUGCUCACCAUGUUCCAGCACAGCAGUAACAAGAAAUGCUUCACCAUAGAGUCUCUGGUGGGGAAAGAGGCGAGCAGUCACAGCAGCGGCGGCGGCAGCUCCGGGGAUGAACCCAUCCGUCCCACUGCGCUCCGCUUCCCGGACUCUCUGCACCCGGCUUCAGCCACCGGGGUCUUCGGUUCCUGCUUCCAUGGGGGCAGCAGGAGGACAUUGUUCUCUGCCGGGCCGGACAUGAUGCUGCAGGAGACCGGGACGCAUACGCAGAGCCCCGGCGGGCUGCCGCUGCACCCGCUGCAGAUCCCCCCGCAGAGCUUCUUCAGCCCGCAGCAUCGGGACGCGCUCAGCUUCUACCCCUGGGUGCUGCGGAGCCGCUUCCUAGGACACCGCUUCCAAGGAGAGGACAGCAGUCCAGAGAACCUGUUGCUUCAUGGCCCAUUCUCCAGGAAACCCAAACGGAUUCGGACGGCCUUCUCGCCCUCUCAGCUGCUGCGCUUGGAGCGGGCCUUUGAAAAAAACCAUUAUGUGGUUGGAGCUGAGAGGAAGCAGCUGGCCAGUGGGCUGUGCUUGACCGAGACACAGGUGAAGGUAUGGUUUCAGAACCGCAGGACGAAGCACAAGCGUCAGAAGUUGGAGGAAGAGUCUCCUGAGGCUCAGCAGAAGAGAAAAGGCAGCCAACAUGUCAGCCGCUGGAGAGCAGCGACACAGCAGCCUGGCAGUGAGGACGUGGACGUCAUCAGCGACGACUAAACUACAUCGCUGCAUAGUCUCACACACACAUGAAAGACAUCAGGACACUUGGAGAGUCGGACCAGAGCUGAAACUGCUUUUAGGUUGACAUUAAACUUUAAGAUGAAAUGAGUCCAUCCAUCCAUGAAGCCCAAGAUUAGUGUGAAACAUCUUUAUCUAAAGUUUAGUUCAAGCGAAACAACAGCUGAGCAGCCAGUGUUCAAAUCCUGAGCUUUAGAGUGUUUCCCAUCCAGCGAGCAUACACCAACACUGCUGCAAGCUUGAUUCAUGUUGAAGUUCAGGCACAGAUUUUUAGAUCUCCCCUAGUUGUCCAAAUAUUUCUCACAUUUAUCUUGUAUCUUUGUCAUUGCUGUUUCUGCCACUGCAUGAAACAGAAGACUCUUGCAGAUAAACCUUUGAUAAAUAUUAGUGCUGCUUAGAUUUCUGAAUGUUUCAGCACUGGGAAUAAUUGCUUCAGUUUAAACUUUUUCAGCCUGCA